AUGAUGCAUCGCCAUCACCAUCCCCUUUGGGAUCUUUGCCUGUGCUUCGUGAUCACGGCCACCCUGAUCCUGAUCCGUGCUCCGACGAUGCGUGGUGUGGACGACCCGAGCUACUUGAACUGCAGCUCGACCAUCCAAUGUGGCGGCCUACAAAACGCUAGUUACCCCUUCUGGGGGUUGAACCGCGCCUCCUACUGUGGUCUGUCCGAGUUCGAGCUGACUUGUCAGGACAACGCCACUGCGCUGGUCACCAUAGUGAACCAGGCGUAUCGGGUUCUUCGGAUUGAUAACACCUCACCGUCUAUGACUGUUGCCCGUAAUGAUUACUGGAAUACUAUUUGCCCAUCCAAUCUGAUCAAUACCACCCAGGAUAUCACCAGCCCUUUCUCUUACACUACGGACACCGUGGCCAACCUGACUCUGUACUAUGGGUGUCCGCCAAGCUCGAUUCAAAUAACGUCAUCGAUCGCCAGCAGCCAGUUUCACUGCACCAUCAAUGGAACCUACAUGAUGAGUUACUUCGUAACAAAACUUAGCAAUAGCAUGACUUAUGGUGGCGUCAAUCUCACAGACGUAAUGACAUACUAUAAAUCCUGCAAUACCAGCAUGGUUUUAGCUGCGAGUCGGUCGGCUGUUCAGGAGAUAGAGUUGGCCACGAACUCGAACAACAUGACUGUAGUGUCAGCCAUCAAUAAGGGCUUCGGGUUGCAGUGGACUGCGGACGAUAAAUGCAACGGCUGCCUCGGUUCAGGCGGGCAGUGCGGACGAAAUGAAACGUCAGAGGAUUUUGUGUGCUAUUGCCGAGAUAAGUCCUACUCUUCCGCAUGCUCAGGGAACCAAGAUGAAGCGACACCUAGAAAAGGAUCUAUCAAGUGGUUUAUAUCGUCCCCAGCUGGAGUUCUUGCUAUUAUUGGUGCUUCAAUAUCUAUGAUUGCCGUCAUUUUCAUCCUCAAGAUUAAAACAGGAAUCUUCUCAUGGAAGGCUCCACUCUUCAAGAGCGAGAAAGAUCCUAGUAUUGAGAAAUUAAUGGGAAUCCAUGGAUCUCUUGUUCCAAGAUACCAAUAUAAUGAUCUAAAGAAAAUGACCAACUCAUUUUCAGAGAAACUUGGUCAAGGAGGUUUUGGUGCAGUGUAUAAAGGGGAGAUUAGUGAUGUUGGUUUUGUGGCCGUCAAAAUUCUGACAGAGUCGAAAAGUAGCCCAGAAGAAUUUAUCAAUGAAGUUGUGAGCAUUAGUAGAACUUCUCACGUUAAUGUAAUCACUCUCUUAGGUUUUUGUUACGAGGGGAAGAAAAGAGCUCUAGUUUUCAAGUACAUGCCUAAUGGUUCGUUGGAUAGGUUCAUGUAUUCUGGAAAAGCUUUAAAUAUGAGUAGUUCCUUGGAAUGGCAGAUACUAUAUCAAAUUGCAAUUGGCAUUGCUCGUGGGUUAGAAUAUCUACACCGCGGUUGUAAUACCAAAAUCUUACAUUUCGAUAUAAAACCUCAGAACAUCUUGCUUGAUCGAGAUUUUAUCCCCAAGAUUUCUGAUUUUGGCCUUGCUAAACUUUGUCUUGGGCAAGAGAGUGCUGUAUCAAUUCUUGGCAUGAGAGGAACGAUUGGAUUUAUUGCACCGGAAUUUGUUUGUCGAAAUUUGGGGAGAGUCUCUCACAAGUUGGAUGUUUAUAGUUAUGGAAUGUUGGUUCUUGAGAUGGUAGGCAUCAGAAAUUUUGACAUCAAAGUUUCCAACAACAGUGAAAUGUAUUUUCCAGAAUGGAUUUAUAGGAAUUUAGAGCCCGGCAAAGAUCUAAUUGCCAUUGAAUGUGACAAGGAAGAGGAAGUGCUUGCGAGGAAGAUGAUUAUUGUGAGUUUGUGGUGCAUUCAAACUAGUCCAUCUGAUCGACCUCCAAUUGUGAAGGUGAUAGAAAUGUUGGAAGGAAGCUUUGAAUCACUACAAAUACCACCAAAGCCCAUCUCUUAUUCUCCAACACGACCAUCAUCACAACAUUGGGAAAUGACAACGUCAAAUUCCAAUUGGAGCCACGAGGAGGAGAGAAUACUAGAGAAUAUAGAGGAAAGCAAUAACACAUCGCAAAGUGGUAAUGCACGAUAGAA